AUGGCGCUGAAGCGGUCACGAUCUAGGUCAAGUGAGCCACCUGCACCGCCGGCGAAGCGCCAGCUCCCGUGGCCGACGGGGAGAUCGCCUUCCGUGCCCAAGGUUGGCCUUAUCGGCGUUAUCGCUGCCAGGCGGUCCGGUAGGCUGCGCGGCCAGGCGGCCUCACGGUGGUCUUCGGUGGUCCCGCGGCCCGGGACACCACCGCCGUCUCAGCCGACCUUGUUCCGGUCGAGUACGUCGCCGGAGCCGGCCGACGAACCCCCAUCGCCUACGGAGCGCGUCCACGACGACGGUGGCCGCAAGAGGAAGAAGGCGCUUUAUCUAGUCAUGCAGGAGCACGGCCAAGGCCACGGCCACGGCGUUGUCUCCGCGUACGCCGUGCACCGCGUCGACUUGGCGCGCUCCCAGCACGGCAUCUCGGUCUCCAGCGAAGAAUUCGAAGAACCGCCCGUUUUGCGCUUCAAGGCGGCUCCGGGCAUGGCUUUUCUCAAGGCCAGAUCGACGGUCGUGGGCGUCACUGACAGGAACGCCGGCGUCGUCGAAGCCGAGAGCGUCAUCAUCGACGCGAGCACGUGGGAAGUGUCCACCGGCCCUCCGCCACCGUCGACCGAGUACGGCCUCGUCGAGGUCUCCGGCAAGAUCUACGCCGCUGACAUGCUCACCGAGGAUCCGCGGUGCGUCGUCCUUCGCUCGGCGGCGGCGGCGGCGAGAGACGCGCGCGUCGGGUGGACAUCCCUGCCGCGGCCUCCGUUCCGCGACCGCAUCCUGACGCUCGCCGCGUACCCGCUGCGCCGCGGCCUCCUAGCCUCGACGGAGAAAGGCGAGACGUUCCUCCUCGACGGCCGCCGCCGGGGCGGAGCGGCGUGGAUCGCGCUGCCCGGGUCGGCGCGGCUGCCGUGGGAAGAGCGCGCCGUGUACGCCAAGGACCACGACCUGUGGUUCGAGGUGUCGCCGAACGACGGGCGUCUGCGCGCGCACGAACUCGACGUCGUCCUGGGCUCUGUCGUUGCUCCCAGACUGGAGCAGAAGACGCACCGGGUGUCGGACCCCAUACCGGUGAUCACGCCGCGCGCGCGCGGCGGGGCGACGCGGAGCGCCAAGCUAGUCUACCUCGGGAGAAGCAUGUUCUGCGUCGUGCAAGCCGACGGCAUAGGAGCUGACGGCUGUCCUGUCACCGUGACGGUGUUCAGGGUGAUCGACUCCGAGAUGCCGGUGACACUGGUGGAGAGGAGGCGUCGUCGUCGGCGCCGGGAACGCGGGAUGAACGCGAGAUGGGUGGCCGCCGCGCUGGAGCGCGCGUGCGCGGACAAGGCGUCCGGAUCUGGUCGGAGGAGGAAGCUGUGCAGGGUGAACCUGUGGAGUCGCACGUACAUUGCGCGCGGAGGCACCGAUCGCUGUCCAUCUCUUCCUGGGGUGCUUUGGAUGUGA